AUAAAUGAGCAAAGAAGAGCCGAGCUUGAAAAGCGAGCGUCGAAAGUGUUACGAAGCCCGUGAUCAAUACGCAGCUUGUAUCGACAAAUUUUUGAGUCAGGGGAAAAGCGAAAAAGAGGCUACAAACUCGUGCCGUUCCGAGCGUAAGAACUUUGACGGAAAUUGUCCAACUUCUUGGGUCAAUCAUUUCAUAAGAAAAGAUCAGUUUGAGAGAUACAAGAAAACAUUGGCAGCUCAAGGAGUGAAUAUUGCCGAUCAUAAUGCUCUCAAUGAUUAGAUCAAUUCGCUCUAUUUCUACAACUUCUUCGUGCCUUUUUCCUACUUUAAAUUCGCCAUUUCCUCGUCCUGAAAUUCUCGAAAUGUCACCUAAAUACCAAUUUCUAACUACUACGACACCACAAAUUAACGGGACAACUGAACUUCAGUCAAUGCUUUCGGAAGUUUUACGGUGUAACUCUUUCUUCGAUUCGACAGUUUUCAAUAAUGUCGUCAAAAUGGUGGAAAGUCAAAAUAGUUUUUCGAGGGAUUUUGCUAAUCUCACUGCAAUGAGAUAUAUCGCAGUUGUAUAUCAUUCUAUAAAUGAUGAGGAAGCUCGACUAACACUGAAAAGGCUGAAAGAUAACAUCGAAAAAUGCAAAAUACAUAAGAUGCAGGAAGAACACGAUAAAUUUCGCAUGUCGUUGGACCAAGAUGCUGCAAUUCCAGAUUUUUCAAAGGUUAUGCACAAGCAAGAUUUGGUGAGAUGCUAUUUUCGACGAGAGCUGGCGAAUAAAAAGUGGAAAACUGUGAAGCAACUGCUCUCACGUUAUCCUAAAAAUAUCAAGUUAUAUGAGCAUAUUAGUGCUUUCCUGGAUGCUGCAAAGCUUGAAAAUGCAGAGCCCAUUGAUAUUAUGCAGGUUUUUAUGAACUAUGCGCAAGUCGAUAAUCCACGUUUCAUGGAACAAACUGAAUUUGAUGAAAUCUUCAAACAAGUGGCCGAAGCUUGUUCUGCAAAAGUAUCCGUAAAGUCAGAGCUAGAUGUCAAAAAGACUUACAUUUCCGAAAAAGAAGGAAAGAUACUAAAAGAAAAGUGCGAUAAAUAUGUGGAAAGUAUGAAAGAAGGGUUCGUCAAAAAGGAGGAAUACGAGAAAAUUCGGCAGAAAGUUUUGCGAUGGAUGGAAGAAAGAAAUAUUCGAAAUGGAGAGAAUGUGGUUGUCGUUGAUGCAUUGAAUUUCGGUUAUGGAGUGGAUCCGAAAGAAUGGGAUGAUAUUUCCAGCAAAUUCGAGCAUGUAUUCUUUGCAACUAGACGGAUAUCAAACCAAAAACUACGGAAAGAAGUGAUGGAAAGAUAUAAUGGAAAUGCUCUGUUUUGUGAUAAAUUGUCCACAGAUGACCUCAUAAUAAUUCGAAUGGCUCUAGAAUUCGGUCCGGAGACGUCAAUUGUUACAAAUGAUAAAUAUACUGAUCAUCGUUCAGCAAUCUGUAAUGGUGAUCAAAAGUUGGAGAAAAUUUUCGACGAUUUUCUCACUGAUGCAUCACAUCGACACUUCCAUGGCCGAAUCGAGACGAGACGGAAUUUCAAUAUUCGAAUUCGUAAUCCGGAUAAUAGAAUAUGGAUACUGCCCGUUAUGAACUCAGAAGGAAAGCUGUCGAGAAACAUUAAACGUUAUAAAGUUGAAGUUUUUAGAAAUAGUUGAUAUACGUGUUUCUAAUUGUGUAUUGUUUUUGUCAUGUAAUAAACACACUAUUCAUGAUCCUCGAUUUAAUUUUUUUUGACUUUGAAAAGAAUAUAAAACUAUCUACU